AUGUGGCCGAACUGGGAGCGGAAAGUCGUCCCUAUUACCCCCCUGAUGAAAUUUCUGGACCCGGCUGAUAAUACACCUGAGAACGUCUUCAUAGACAAUAAGCCUCUAAACAGGAUAUAUCGCACUGCUCUACGCCAGCACCCAUAUGAAGUUUUGACGCCCGCGGAUGCUGAGGGCGUUAUCAAGCUAGUAGGACUACGGACGUUUGUGCGUGAUCGGGGUGGGCUCAAGGCGGGCCUGGUAACCAAGGCGCUGAGCCAAGGGCAGCGACAACUCUUCUCUCUCGCUUGGGCGAUCCUCCGCAGACGUGUUCGGGCAAGAAGUAUCGGACUUGGCGGUGGUGGUACCGAGCGCGGUAUCUUACUCCUUGACGAGGUGAGCUCGAGCGUCGACCGGGACACGAAGAAGUUAAUGCAAGAGAUAAUUAGCAACGAGUUCAGCGAGUAUACUGUAGUGGCUGUGUGUCAUCACCUGGACAUUAUUAUGGACUACUAG